UGUGCUUGCCAUCGGUGCCGCAGGAUGAGGGCUUUGGCGACGAGCUUGGGGCGAGUCGAUACUUCCGUUUUUUCUUCCUCGGUGAGCUUCAGUGAUACUGAUCAUCAUCAUACAAAUGUAGAUCUGUAGUAGGAGGUUUUGCGUUGUAGUAAAAAGGGUGGAAAUAGAGACAGUGCUGUAUUCUUUUCGUGUCGCUGACCAUCUUCCUUUUCACAUUGCGGAUGCGCGAGACUGACAAAUCUAUCAUUCUGAAGCGGACAUCGAGAGCCCAGGGGUUGGAGGCACCUUCAAAUAAAAUGGUUGUAAGCGGGAGUGCGAUCAUAGACUCUUUAGCGCAUAAUUUACUUCGACCACUCCACAUGCUGUUCACUGAGGUACGUUGUUUCGGUGCUGAUGUUUACCACAGUGGAACCGUUGGAAAUUUAUUCACUCAAGGUAAUCGAAUAUUCUGA